AUGGAUUCGUAUCUAGAAGUCAUUGGUGAUUUUAAGCCCGGGGAAGUGCUGUUGAGUGGCCAGUGGGGACACAGAGUGGUCGGUCAUAACUUAGCAGGUACACCUAGACCGAGAGUAUACAUUGAGCUACAUAAUCCCAUUAAAAUAGGCAGAAGUCCGAAGGAAAAUUGCAUGUGUAUAUCCAACCCGGCUAUUUCCGCGAUUCAUUGUAUGGUAUGGAUGAUUCUUUUCGAUGAGACAAGUAUACCCAUGUACUACUUGAGAGACUGUUCAUUGAAUGGCACUUACAUAAACGGAACGAAACUAUUAAAGGAAAAUGUAGCAAUAUUAAACGACGGUGACUUGAUAGAACUAUGUGAAAAUGGUGGCAAGUUUCUAAAAUUUUCUUGUCAGCCGUCAACUCCUUCUUUGCCCAAAAAAAUAACUAUCAAUUAUACAGAAAAUGUGGACAAUUGGAAUAUAUCAAACAUUGUUGUUGGAAAUGGAACAUUUGGAUAUGUCUUGAUUGCGUAUAUGGGCAUUGGCGCACAUUCGGGAAAAAGCUCCCAGAAGAUAACUCCCAAAUGUUAUGCAGUUAAAAUUGUUAAGAUGAAGCUCUCAAAACUAGAUAAAGAGGCUAAGAUUCUUAUGCAAUUGAACCAUCCAAAUAUUAUUAAAGUGUUCAAGACACAUACUGAUAAGAGCAAUAACCUUUACAUUUUUCAGGAACUUAUACCAGGGGGUGACCUUUUCUCGUAUUUAGCUAAAGGUGAUUGUCUAAUGCCUAUUUCACAAACUGAGGCCCUAGUGUUUGUUUAUCAGAUAUUGCACGCCCUUAAAUAUUUACACACCAAAGGAAUAGUACACAGAGACCUAAAGUUAGAUAAUAUUUUACUAUGCACACCUGAGCCAUUUACAAAAAUUGUUUUAGCUGAUUUUGGAAUCGCAAGAACAGUUACCACAAUGAAAUCUAGAAUGUUUACUGUAGUGGGGACGCCCGAAUAUUGUGCACCAGAAGUUGGCUUCAAAGCAAACAGAAAGGCUUACCAUUCAUUUUUCCGGGCCGCGACGCUUGAGCAACAAGGUUAUGACAGCAAAUGCGAUCUAUGGUCUUUAGGUGUAAUAACACAUAUAAUGCUUACUGGAAUAUCACCAUUUUACGGCGAUGGGACUGAGCAAAGCAUUGUAGAAAACGCAAAAGCGGGUAUAUUGAACUUUAAUGUAAGCCAAUGGAGUACAAUAGAUAUCAUGGCACAAAAUUUUGUUAGCAAACUUCUUGAAGUAAAUGUGGAUAAGCGUUUAGAUUGCGAACAGUGCUUUAACCAUCUAUGGAUAUCUAAACACCAAAAAAGUCUAAAAGAAAUCUACGAAAAGAAAGUGCUAUUGCGAUUCUCGGAGAAAAAUCAAAUGGGUCAGCCAAAAACAGAACUUGAAACUAAGUAUCUGAUAGAAGAAAAAAUAAACCAUAAAGGAAUUGUGGCAUAG